UUGUCGCACCUGUGAACGGACAGGUCCUCCCCCUGAGCUCACUUCCUACUCUACAGACAGUAAACGCGCUUGCUGGACGCUGGACACUGGACCAUUUUAACCGCUUUCCUGCACCAAUAGUUUCAUUGGUUGAUCCGUUAAAGCUACCUAUAAUAGAAAAGGCUAAUCUAAAUUACGAGUCAGCCCAUGUUCUUCACAGGACAGGCAGCUUUUUAAUGCUGGAAACGGUCUAAGGUGACACAGGACACACCCAUGCGCACUGUUCAGCAGCCCUGCAACGUAGGCUUCAAAGGCCUCAAGACUGAAGUCUAGAUGCAGAGGAAGUAAAAGAGUUAUCAGGAGUGAAAAGACACAGUUUAUCCUACAGGGAUGUGUUCCAGUCGGGGUGUAUGCAGUGGCAAUAACCGCCCCAACAGAUCCCCCACAUCUGAUGGCAAUGGGUUAGGGGCCCAUUAUGCCCUGUGUGCCCUGGGAGUCGGACUAAUCGCCCUGGGUAUCGUCAUGAUCGUGUGGACUGUGAUACCCGUGGAUGGAGGAGCCUCAGACGUCUCCAGUUCUUCAUCAGGCAACUCUACCUCAGGGCCUGGGAACGGGGGCAAUAAUGGGAAGCAACCAGAUAGCAUGAAGUCUUCAUCAGUGGCUAUGGUGUUGGUUGGAGUUGGAGCAGUCAUGCUGCUGUUGUCUAUUUUUCUUGGUGUGAGGAGCAAAAGAAGAGCACGCAGCAGUAGAAACCAACCAGUGGCAGCCCCCCUCAUGGACCAGGCGGCCAGGCCGCAGGAAGAGCCAGCUGCAGACCCAACUAUGUACACCGUGCCGAGCUAUGAGGAGGUCAUUGGCAGUGACACCUACCCCGUUCGUCAGAGCAACCUUCGCCAGAGCACCUCCCAGCUGCCGUCCUAUGAGGACAUCAUAGCAGCUGUGGAAAAUGAGAGAACUGAGGACAGUCCUCCUAAUGAUCCCACCCCAGCUCCCGUCCAAUCUGCCGCUGAGCCCCAGGCUGGCCCUCCUGGCCUUACAUCAAACCCCAGCCUGCCCGUGCGCAGCAGCAGCCGGGCCAGCCGUUUACUGCAGUCCCUCCGGGUAAGAAGAAUCAAAUCGGACAGACUGCACCUGAAGGAUUUCCGCCUCCAAAUACGCAGCCCCACACAGAAUCCGGUGACCAUUGAACCUAUCACUCCACCACCGCAGUAUGAACAUAAGAUGCCAGAACUACAGUAGGGUCUCUCCUUAUGCUUCCCUUAUUGCCUGUUCCUGAUGAAUAAAAUAUCUCUGGAUUUAAUUAACUAAUUUCUGAAAACCCAUUUUCAAGAUUGGUAUGAAGUAAGUUAAAGGAGCCCAUGCAGACACUCUUGUGAAAUGAGAAUAUUUCAAGUAAAGAUUUAACGUUGAAGCUUUUGAUUGGCGUAUUUAUUUUGUUAUAAUGCAUGAUGCAUACGUUUGUGUUAAGGGAUGAGCUUUAACAGUUGAGAAUCAUGCUCUAACUAAUGCCAAACAUAAGACAGUCUUAUUUUAAAGCCAAUUAUGUUUUUGCCAAUUGUGUUUUUGUAUUUUGAUUCUUGUGAAAAAUUUGAAUCAGAAGUUAUGGUUUCAAAGGGGAAAGUAAUUACUUGAAAUAUUUUUAGACACAUAAAAUACACUAAGGCCACGAGUGUGUGAUUUCUGUAUGCUGUUUUUAAACAUCUUAAAGAAGCCAGGUUCAAUUCUCUGUUUGAUACAAAUAUUAAGAGAUGGACAAAAUUUGUAUUGGACAGUAAAUCCAGAAAUUCUUCUAUGGGAUGUGAUAUUAAUGAUUAAAUAUGACCUGUUAGUGUUUAAAUGUCAAAAUCCCUUUAACUGCAUUUGAAUAUUUGUUGUUUUUUUUUUUUGCUAUUUUAUUUAGGACCAUAUCAAGAUUUUUAUAUUUUUGUUGCCCAUUGAAAAUGACUUCAACUUCAGUGUACGUGGGACCACUGAAACACAAGCUAUUGCUCCAUGUUCUGAUGAGUUUUAUUUGCUUGCUGUAAGUUUAAUUAAAUGUGUUUAUUUUGAAAAAGAUAAAUAUUGCCUCUGUACAUUCCUAGUUAAUAAAAUCUGAGACGUUUAAUUUGUUCUAUGUG